AUGAAAAACGGUGACGUUGUAGUGAACGACGGCAUUCCCUUUGUCGCUCAAGCUAAUCGUGCUCGCGCGUGCAAACCCUGUCGCGAACUGGAACUCCCCUGUGCCCCCGACAAUGGGCAUCUCCCUCACCUUGUCGAAAGCGGCAUUGUGGCCCAGCAUGCUCAGGGUGCUCCCAUUUUGAGAGCCAUCACGAGGCCUACCGCGUUUAAAUCCGCCCCACCGUACAUCCCUUGGGCCCGGCCCACAAUGCCGGAGCUCAUGGUCGUCGAUCAUCCUAAGUUGGCCGAAAAACGUGGAGUAGUUGGUGCUCGGGGCUGUGAUGAGCACGGCCGUCUUGUUGGGCCCACUUACUCUGUCGUGGAAAACUCCAGGGUUGUGACCUCGGGCUGGCCUAGGCCCAUCGACUUCUUCUCGGAGGCCAAGAGGCGCGGGGAGAAUUUUUGCUUGGAGUUUGCGGCGGGGACAUGA